CUACAAAUAGAAGAGCUCCAUCAGAGUGAACUGAAGCUAUCCUAAGGAAAAAUUUCAUUGCAUGGAUUGUGUAAACUCACUGAGACUGAAGUAAAGCUGGAAAGGAAUCUACCCGUGAAUAAAACAAGAAGUUUGGAAUUGGAUUUGGGGAAUCUGGGCUUGGAAAUGCCUCAGCCUAGUGUGAGUGGAAUGGACCCUCCUUUUGGGGACGCCUUUCGGAGCCAUGUGUUCUCAGAGCAGACUCUUAUGAGCACGGAUCUCUUGGCAAGCAGUUCAGAUCCAGACUUCAUGUAUGAACUGGACAGAGAAAUGGACUAUCAGCAAAGCUCCAGAGACAACUUACUUUCAAUGGAGGACUGCAAAGACCUUGAGAACCUGGAGUCUUUUACGGACAUCCUGGACAAAGAAGCUGCUCUCACGUCAAAGUGGGAGCAGUGGGACACCUACUGUGAAGACUUAACUAAGUACACUAAAUUAACCAGCUGUGACAUCUGGGGAACAAAAGAGGUGGAUUACCUGGGUCUUGAUGACUUUUCAAGCCCAUACCAAGACGAAGAGGUGAUAAGCAAAACACCGACACUGGCUCAGCUUAACAGUGAAGACUCCCAACCUGUUUCGGAUUCACUCUAUUACCCUGAUUUGCUUUUUAGUGUAAAACAAAACCCUUUAAAUUCUUUGUUACCUGGCAAAAAAAUUGCAACCAGAGCAGCAGCCCCAGUCUGUUCCUCCAAGAACGUUCAGGCUGAGGCACCUUUGUCGGACUAUGUUCAGAAGGCAAGUAAACCUGCAACUCAGCCUGCUUCCAGUACACAAAUCAUGGUGAAGACCAAUGUGUACAAUAAUGAAAAGGUGAACAUUCAUGUUGAAUGUAAAGACUAUGUUAAAAAGGCAAAAGUAAAGAUCAAUCCUUUACCACAGAGCAGACCAGUGCUGAGCCAGACACAUGCUGAUGCAGCAAAGGAAAACACCUGCUAUUGUGGUGCUGUAGCAAAGAGACAAGAAAGAAAAGGAAUGGAGUCCCCACAUAGUCAGAGCACACCUCCUGUUUUGCCUUUUAAAGAGACUCAAGAACUGCUCCUCAGUCCACCCCAGGAAACCCCAGGGCUUGUUGUGGGGGAGAGCAGUCUUUCUGCCAGCACAUCGGUGUCGGAUUCUUCACAGAAGAAAGAAGAGCACAACUAUUCUCUUUUCGUGGCAGACAGUUUGGGUGAACAGUCAGCCAAAGGAGACCCUGAGGAAGAUGAGGAUGAUGAGGAUGAUAUUGAAGAUGAGGACCACGAUGAAGGAUUCGGCAGUGAGCACGAGCUGUCUGAAAACGAUGAUGAGGAAGAAGAUUAUGAGGAUGAUAAAGAUGACGACAUCAGUGAUACGUUCUCAGAACCAGCAGUAACACUUAGUGGGUCUUCAAAGGAUACUGAAUUCCUCUCUUCUGCAUGUAGAAACGGAGCCUUAACAACAGAAAUAAGAACUAACCUUCACCUAGAAGGGUAUGAAAACGAUUCUGUGGAGGAUUUAAAAGAAAUGACUGCAAUAUCCUCUCGGAAAAGAGGCAAGCGAAGAUACUUCUGGGAGUACAGUGAGCAGCUAACGCCAUCGCAACAAGAAAGAAUGCUGAGGCCGUCCGAGUGGAAUCGAGAUACGUUACCAAGUAACAUGUAUCAGAAGAACGGUCUCCAUCAUGGAAAAUAUGCAGCAAAGAAGUCACGGAGGACUGAUGUAGAAGACCUGACUCCCAACCCCAGAAAACUUCUACAGAUCGGUAAUGAACUGAGGAAGCUGAAUAAGGUGAUCAGUGACCUGACACCAGUCAGUGAACUUCCCUUAACUGCCAGACCGAGGUCAAGAAAAGAAAAGAACAAGCUGGCUUCCAGGGCUUGUAGACUAAAAAAGAAAGCCCAGUAUGAAGCCAAUAAAGUAAAACUCUGGGGUCUCAACACGGAAUAUGAUAACUUACUGUUUGUGAUCAACUCCAUUAAACAAGAAAUUGUUAAUCGAGUGCAGGUACCUAAAGAUGAUAGAGGAGUCAACAUGGAACAAAAGUUGAACAUACUUAUUAAAGACACUCUUGGAUUACCUGUAGCUGGGCAGACAUCAGAAUUUGUGAAUCAAGUUUUAGAGAAGACUGCAGAAGGAGACCCCACUGGUGGCCUUGUAGGGCUGCGAAUACCAAUGUCAAAAGUUUAA